GUGGGACACUCAGGAGGGGUAUAAGUACCAGGUCCUGACAGAGGUAGAUAAGGAACUCAAACCAAGAGAGUAUCAUAGCCAAGAGAGAGCAGUAACAGAACUUUUCCAAGACAAGAUUCUCACCAUCAAAGGCAUCACUUAGACCGAGAACGAGAUCCAUAGAACAGUAAGAACACUGAGGAAGGAGGGCUCAGCACAGCAAGUAGAGAAAAACUACAUCGGUGCAUUGAGGAGUCAGCGCAUUCGCGACUGGAGAAGCAGGGAGGAGUUUGAGCACCUUCAGUGAAGUGCAGUUAUCUAAAAUCACAGCUCGCAAGAAUCUGAGAGAUGGCCAGCCAUGAGGUCCCCGCAGUUCUUCGUGCCGUCGACCUGCAGUGCCCGACCAACAACCGCGCCCACCGCACCGACGAGAUGGACACGGAGCAGCUGCUCCUGCGUAGGGGGCAGCCCUUCGCCAUGGUGCUGCGGUGCAGCAGAGCAUCACCGCUGCCGCCAAAGCAGAGCAUCAACCUCAUCCUGCACCUUGGUAAAGAGGGGGAUUUGGUGGUGAAGGUGUCAGAGGGCCUUGGAGGGCGGGGCCAGUGGUGGUUCCACCAGCAGGGGGCGCAGAAUGAGCUGCUCCUCACAGUGCACACACCAGCUGACGCACCGGUGGGGCUCUACAGGAUGACCGUUGUGCUGCUGGACGCUGAUGGACACAUUCAGGAGCGUAUUCAUGCCGGAACAUUCUACCUGCUUUUCAACCCCUGGUGUAAAGCUGAUGCGGUGCACUUCCCUGAUGAGGAGCAGUUGCAGGAGUACAUACUGAAUGAGAACGGUCUGCUGUACCAAGGCUCCUGGGACAUGAUCCGCUCCUUGCCCUGGAACUUUGGACAGUUUGAGAAGGACGUAGUGGACAUCUGCUUUGAAAUUCUGGACAACUCGCCGGCAGCGCUGAGAGACCCGGAGACGGACACGGCCAAUCGGGGCGACCCGGUGUACGUGAGCAGGACUGUGACGGCCAUGGUGAACUCCAACGAUGACCGGGGUGUGGUUUCGGGCCGCUGGGAUGGGGAGUAUUCGGAUGGCGUGGCGCCCACACGCUGGACCGGCAGCGUGCCCAUCCUGAGGCAGUGGAGCAGCAGCGGAGCGAGGAGAGUGCGAUACGGCCAGUGCUGGGUCUUCUCAGGUGUGGCCUGCACAGUCCUGCGCUGCCUGGGCAUCCCGACUCGCUGCAUCACCAACUACUCCUCUGCCCACGAUACAGACGGCAACCUCACAGUGGACUAUUUCUACAAUGAUCACCUGGAGAGCAUAUCUGCCGGCAAGAAGGACAUGAUCUGGAACUUCCACUGCUGGGUGGAGUCAUGGAUGACCCGGGAAGACCUGUCCAAGGACUACGAUGGAUGGCAGGUCCUGGACCCUACACCCCAGGAGAGGAGUGAGGGUGUGUUCUGCUGCGGUCCCUCUCCAGUGAAAGCCAUAAAGGAGGGUGAGGUGGGUGUCAAGUAUGACACAGCCUUCGUCUUCUCCGAGGUCAACGCCGACCUGGCCUGCUGGAUGGUGGAGCCGGACGGACAGCGAACCCCGGCUUCCCUGAACCACGCCACAGUGGGCCGUAACAUCAGCACCAAGAGCGUGUAUGGCGACGAGAGAGAGGACGUCACCUCCCUCUACAAAUACCCGGAGGGCUCGAAGAAGGAGAGGGAGAUGUUUGAGAAAGCGGGCCGGAGGGUGUCUCAGCGGGGUGCAGGAGGAGGCCAGCUGGAGCUGGCCAUCAGGCACGCGUCGGCGGUGCACGGCACGGACUUCGACGUCAUCGUGGAGGUGCGGAACACCGGCGGGGAAGACGUGUCGGCCAAACUCACCAUCACCUCCAACGGCGUCACUUAUAACAGCCUCCACCGGGGGGAGUGCCAGAGGCAGAGCGCCAGUGUCACCGUGCCGGCACUAAGGGCGCACAAGGAGGUGCUGCGGCUGCGAUAUGCCCACUACGCGUCCUGCGUCUCCGAGCACCACUUGAUCCGGGUCACGGCUCUGCUGCAGACUGACGGAGAGAGAAACGUCGUCCUGCACGAGGUCAACAUCCCACUGAGUUUGCCGGAGCUCCACGUCAAGGUGCUGGGGGAGGCUGUGGUGUCGCGCAAACUGAUCGCCCGCGUUACCUUCGGCAAUCCGCUGCCUGUCACAUUGAAAGGGGGCGUGUUCACGCUGGAGGGGGCGGGACUCACCCCUGCCAGGGAAAUCCCAGCCCUAGGGGAUAUUGGACCAGGUGAGGAAGUCACUAUCAAGUUCUCCUUCAAACCCACCCGGCCAGGCUUACGGAAGCUGCUGGUGGAUUUCGACGCAGACAGGCUGAAGGAUGUCAAGGGGGUCGCCACGGUGAUCGUGCGGGGCAAGUGAGACUGGCAUAUUGGGGGGGGGCAAUAUGUCUAGCAGCAUCCGUGCAGACAGCAACAGACAUCAUCUUGUGCAAUGUGACGUCCCAGACCAAACUUCCUCCUUGUUUGGAGAAAAGCGACCGUCAGCAGAUUCACACUGGGCUCUUAAAGGGCUACUUCAGCUGACACCCUGUUACUUAGGGGGUGGCCCUCCUGAUGCUGUGCUUCUGAGAACCUCAUAUUCAGGUAAACUGAAUGAGGACUGUAUAACUGAACGAAUUAUGUUCAUCUAAUCCCGGUCAUUCUGUCUGUUAAUGCUGUAAUAUUUGGUGGAUUACAUAUGAAAAUAAAACGUGUCAAAAUGA